AUGGAAAUAGAAAGAAAUGUCCUGCAAGCGUCAUGGCUGCUCCUGACGCUGUUCGCCGUCGUUCAGAUGACAAAAUCGACAGAUGUUAGCAUGGGCUCGAACCUCCACAUUACAAGGCACAACAAUGGCGACAUAUUCGCGGAAAACAUGAAGUCAAACUCGUUUUGCACGGAAGACACUUGCGUUGGUAUGAGCAGUGGCACAGCAACGGCUUUUUCGGAAACGGAUUUGUGCACUUGUCGCUGCCACCCACACCUGCCAGCCUUCAGGGAGGAUCUGCGAAUAUGUGUGGAUGAUAUUCAUGAAUGUGUCCUAGCUCCAUUUGUCGGUGGGUCAACUUCUCAACAAAUACCCUUUGUGUUUCUACCACUCAAAGGUCAAAUAAUCCAUCCCAGCAAAGAAAUAUCUUUUAUAGGAGUUCGAACACCAGUAUGUGCAGUGUCAGGGGCUAAAUUUAUGACAGAAAGUGGAUGGGUAGAACUUCGAAAUCCUGUCGACGCAGAUGUGCCAUUUCGCAUUUUCAGAGAUGAGGGACGAACGUUUUUACAGUGGGUGGGAGAACCCGAUCUACGGAAUAAAAUGUCUGGAAGACUGGUGAUGGUUUACCUGAUAUGUAGAGAACUCGCAAACGAUGAACCAACUGAACGACUAUUUUCGCCAUGCGUAGCUUUUAGGAUUGUUGGAUCGCCCACGAAAUACCUCAGUAAUGUAACCGAAGUGGCGUUUGUCCCUGACGCUCACUCAGCCUCAAACAGCUCCGAUAGCGACCACUUGAGUGUUUCUGAAUACAUCGCCAUAGGAGUGUGCUCUAUCCUUCUUGGUUUAAUUUAUGUGGCUUCCGUUUUCCUCUACAUUCAUCUUAGAAAACGCAACAACUUGGGAUCCAGUGGCAAAAGCGGACUGGACAGCCAGAGCCUAGCAGCCGUUGAGGAAGGGCUGGUGAAGAACAACCCCUUGCUGUCGAUUUCCUCCCAUUUUCCUCCAACGGAUUCGCUCUAUAGCGAUUCUAACAGCUCUGACACAGAUGUUACACCAGAUAUCAUCCAACACCAUGACGACAGAAAGAAGCACAUGCAAAUUACAUCUGCUAUGAUCCACCCCCAAAAGGAACUGUACUACCUCAGCUCGCGUUCUUCCCCAUUUUCAUCGUCCGAACCAAUUCUCCAAGAUUCCACGACAAAUGAAAGGCUUCCAGAAGAAAACGUGUCCAUAGUGGAAACCUUGGAAGGAAGGGAAGACAGACCGGAUAAUGUAAGAGCUCUAAGUGGAACCGCCAGGAAGAAGUUAUACUUCAAUCCCGCAUACUUUGAACCAGAACUGAUGUUGGCUCCACCUCCAGCAGCUUUGGAAUUUCUCUCGAAAAUUCGCGAGGUGAUUGCGAUAGCCAAACAGAAGAUGGCUACGAAAAGGUUCAGCCCGAGUUUGCUCUACAUACCAGAAGAAGAGAACUACUACCCUCUGGAACCGUCGUAUGAAUAUUCACAGUCUGUGAGUAGACGGGGCAGCGCUAUAAGCCUAAAAAGAGAGAACAGCAGAAGGAAAACCUGCACCGGGUGUCCGGGUUGCGAACCUCAAGACUUCAAAUCUUACAGCGGGAAACUACCAGAGCUUCCUUCUCUGGGUGCAUGUCAGAACUGUACGACUUCAGAUGAUAGCAAACAGAGGAGUAUUAGGAAAUGGUUGGAAGACGUGCCCAUACUUAGAUCUGGAAAUGACCAGUCGCUGCACCGAGAUUCAAACAAAUCCACGAACGCGAUGCGCAGGAUACGGUCUCCGACGAGGUCGCUCCCUCCGGAUAAUUUCGACACGCGCGACCAAGAAAGGGCUCUGUCGCCAAGACCCGCAUCCGAAAGAGGGAUACAUCACGAUUUCUACCAACGAGAGUACAAAGCUGUAAAAUCGAAACAAGAAGAAAAUUAUUACGAGACCUUACCCAUUGAUAGAGGAAAAGAUGUCAUGAUGAAUUUUCCUCCACCCGAUAUGAUACACGAGGCGAUGGUCGUGGAUAAAUCUGAAGAAAAAAUAACGACUCUGACCAAAAAACAAAUGAAUGCCGUUAUAAAUGAAUUGACAGUGCAACGCAACCUCCUCAUACACCCAAGUGACUCCCCGAUCGCUGAUAAACAAGGUCUUCCUAUUGACUACGAGACUGACAGUUUGGAAAGAUCCGGAAAUAAAGGCUUUUCGACUCCAACCGAAUACGCAGACGUUUCGUCGUCCCAACCCAGUCCUAGCUUAAGCACCGCCCUUCCCGACCAAGAGGAAAUGACCAUGAGGAACGCCAUCUUCAACAAAAAGACCGGGAACAUGACCAUCUCCAAAAUCAACAUGGACAUUCUCCAAGAAGACGAGCACGAUUACGAGCUUAUCGUCCUGAAGAAAGGCACCGUGAUCGACGGAAAGUUAUACAAGCUACCUGAACUCUUGCAGAGGAACAACGGUUAUAGCCUGGUAAGCGAAGUUUACGUGAACAACGGCUACAAUUAUGGUAGCAACCCUUCCACUCCCACCGAUUCAAGUUGUUCCUCGCUGGAGAAGAAAUCGUUGAAGGUGCGUUACGAAGAAGGACUGGAUAAACCUGGGAGGUUACUGAUCGAAGUGGAAGACUGCCCCGACAACUAUAUUCCCGUAAAUGAUUCCGACGGCUUCGAACCGGAUACGCUGGACAGGAAGCCUAGUAAGAAAGAAACGAAAUCUAAAACAAGCGAGGACGUCGAAUUUGUCGACUCGCUAGAACGUCCCAAUCAGAUCCUUCUUCGAACCACUGGAAGUUUCAGGAGCGAUUCGAUGACAGUGGAGACGGAAAACGUUGAGGCCAGCAACUUCAACAGAGCCUUUGGUAGCCUGCGGGAGAUAUACGAGGCUAAAGCGCGGGGAGUUAUUUCAAAGGAAAUAGACGAGAAAGAACUUCGUUCGUUUCUAAAUAAUAACGACAAUGAAGGAAGGUUAUUGACGCUAGAGGAACGGCAUUCGAAGAGGCAACGCUCGAAGGGGAUCGUCCAGCCGGACGUGAUUCCUCCUCCACCCCACGACGGUUCUCCCAUUUACGAGCGUCCGAAACCUCCAAGGAAGAUUAUGACGGCUGAAGAUUUAACCUCAAGAGCUGACGUGCCCCCAAAAAACUUACUAAGCAGGAGUGCCAGCAACCACAAACAUGCAGAUAAGCCACCUGACCAUUGCUACAGCUGUUCUGACACUCCUGAUUACAGACUGUGUCUUGUCCAGAAGUCGAAGAAAGACGGAAACAUAACGAACCUUAUCCAGACGAAAGACGUGAUCCUAAAAAAAGACAACAACAACCAGUUCAUUCUACACGCGUCCAAACACAUCCCACCUUUCUUCAGACCAACCAAGGGAGGCGACAUCCAGGGUAAGAGCAAAAACCAAAGACGAACGUGGCGGAAUACCCUCAAGCCUGAAGACUCAGGUUACCUCAGUACCGAUUCCAACGAAUCCUUGGCCAAAAACCAGGUCAAUAUCUCCGAAGUCUUCGAGAGUGACACCGACGAGAGCUUGGGAGACGGCCACAGCGAGUCGGGUGCCGAAAGUGUGGAGACGCAUUCGGUUUUCUUCGGGAAAUACCAGAGGAAACCGAUGAGUUACGGUGGGUACGCCUCUUUGGACAGCGGUGUGAUAGGUGGGGACGAUGGACACACCAGCAGUGAUUCGGAAACUAAUGAUAGUGAGUCACUAAAGAGAUAAUGAACCAAGAUGAAGAUGAAGACUAUACCCAAACGGAUUUGAGACAAACCUAGCACUGAUUCAGGAUGUUAACUUUUCAGCCUACUUGGAUAGUGUGCUAAUAAACAUACGUGUAAUGGUAACUAAUAUCGACGCCGACGAAAAAUAAUAUAUAUGUUUAAUUUAGAGUAUUUAUAACCGUUUGCAAUAUUUGUUGUGAUAUAUUUUAAUGGCCGGAAGUGCAAUAUGAUCUAGUUUAGGGCGGAAGGCAAUAUUAAUUAUAGGAAUAUCCGAUAGUGUAGAUUUUUUCUGGUAUCUCAAGAUAUUCAAACACAUAAUUAUACAUAAACUGAACACUAUAUUAAUA